GGGUUUACAAAUUGCGCGUGAAAGUCUCGUGACGAGUAUUUACCUUAAAUGGAACGAUUGAACUUUGUUCCAUGUGAUUGUGACGCAGGCGCAGAGAAGUAAACAUUACAUCAUCUCAUCAAGUGAUCAUACCAAAACAAAUCGAUCGGUUGAUUUUAGCGGUGUUUUUAAGGGCGUCGGAUUUUGUAUCAAAAAGGGGAGUAUGUCAGAGGAAGAAGCCGAAGGCUCCAUACAGGUGGAAGAUACAUCUGAAAAAGAAAACAUCGAACCUCCGUUAAAGAAAGCAAAAUUAAGGGACGACAGAAAAAGCGAUCGGCUUGUAAAAUUGGAGGCUCGUUUAAACGACAUCCUAAGCUGUACAGUUUGCCUUGAUUUACCCACCAAAUCGGUUUUUCAGUGCCGAAAUGGACACCUGAUGUGUGCCUCAUGCUUCACACAUCUCUUGGCUGAUAGCCGAUUGAAAAAUGAGCAGUCAUCAUGUCCCAAUUGUCGAACAGAGAUCAAUCGCAAUAUCUGUUCACGUAACUUAGCAGUUGAGAAAGCUAUCUCGGAACUUCCUGCAGAAUGCCCAUACUGCAAUCAUGAACUGCCACGGAGCCAUUUGAAAAACCAUGAGGAGAAGGAAUGUUUAAACAGGCCUGUGUGUUGCAAGUUUAAAAGGAUAGGUUGCCUGUGGGAGGGUCCAUUUCACAAGCUCAGGGAUCAUGAGGAUAAGUGUGAUCACCCCAACAUGACUGGAAUGCAGCUGAUGGAGUCACUAGAAGUCAUAGAUAGGAAUCAUAAAGAUGAGCAGGAUCUCUUCCAAAACAUUCUCAACUUGCUGUCCUUUGAAAAGAUUGCUAUAAAUGACUUACAGCUCAAGCCAUACCGUUCAGAUGACUUUAUCCCACAACUCUGUUAUGAAAGCAGUAGAUUCAAUGCUCUGGGUCAACAGUGGGUGGUGAAAGCAACUGUGGUUGGAAAUGAGAAAAGUGUACAGAGGGUCUUGACCUAUCAACUUGUACAGAAAGGCAAAGUCAACCUCAAUGUGAAAUUCCUAAUGUUACGAAGCCCAUUCAGUGACUUGCUUAUCAAACCUGAAGUUCAUCAACAAGAAUUCACGAGUGAUUUGCAGGAAAGCAGUCAUCAUGAUCUUGUACUUUUGGACCCAAUGGAAUGCAACAGAAUGCUGGAUGCAAAUACAAUAAAGUUGAGAAUGAUUAUCUUUCAAAUCCCAAGCUCAGAAAAUUAGAAAUAAUUUUGCUAAGAAGAUGCAGUGAACAUAGAUUAGUUUAACAUCUGUAUCUUAAUUUAUCAACGUACUGUAACCAGUAUUUGUGUGAUGCUCAUGUUAAUUUGGUAUUUAUCUUUUAAGUAUAAUUUGCAUCUCUUCAGACUUAUGUGUACCAUCGUGAUUCUGUUGAGUAGUAUAUUAUUUUCCCACAGAUAUAAAAGAGAGCUCUUGAAAAUCACUCUAAUUAUUAAGAAAACAUGGUCUUCUUACAAGAAACCAAUUUGAGCAAAAAUGAAUUGUACUUCAAGGCAACAUUUGUUCACUAUUUAAGCAGCCGGUUUGCUUGAGUUAAAUGUCAGUACUGUUAACCAGUUGUCUAUCUCUCAUUGGCAGCAAAGGUUAGUUGGAAAGAAUAGUAUCUUUUUGCUGCCAAUCCUUUUUCUAAUGUUUUCUCUCUACAGUCUACUACCGUGAUCAGACAAAUUAAUUUAUGACUUUUGAGGUAAAUAUACUUUUAAAAGUGAAAGACAGCAAAAUAUAUUUUCAGAUUUCAUCUUAACUGUUACUCUGGUUGGGUUCGGUAAACCAGUGUCCAUAAUGUUGUUAAAUGGUAUAAUUUAAUAUUUUAGACCAAAUGAUAGAGACCUAUCUAUUGUGAAUACCCAAACUGUAUGUAAAUAGUGGUAACCAUAACUUAGAAAACUACAGGACUGGGCCGGAAAAGAAUUCAACAAAGAUUAGCAGAAGUCAUUAAUAGCAGCAAGUGAGUUUUGGCAUAAAAUAAAGUGUAUUUACAUGCAAGCAA